AUGAACGACGUUCUCAAGGAAACAGUAACGCCUCUGGACGCAUGCAACACCAUUGCUGCUUCAGCUGUUAUUGCAGCACUCAACUGUCAUGCAGCGGCCAUCAUUCUCGUUACAUCUAGCGGAAAAACCGCCAUUUCUUGCUCUCGCUACAAAACUCCUUUCCCUAUUGUGGCGGUGUGCCGUCACGCCGAUGUCUGCCGACAGCUGAACAUCUGCAGGUGA